GUCCAUAGAUGCAAUUGCAUUUCAAAAGCUCUUCCUCUUCAGGAUCAGAAAGGAGAAGUCUGCAGAUAUGAGAUAUCAAGCUAUUUUGUACCUUGUUGUAAUUGCUGUCCUCCUAAUGACCUGGAUAGUUGCCAUGAAUUUAUUUGAUGUACAGCAGAAAACAAGCAAUAUUCUUGCAUUUUCUGGCUUAGAUAAAAUGAAGCUAGGAUUCCAAAACGAUAUAAAUCAAAAUGAACCACAAUGCAGCGUCUCCACAGUCUGUCCACCCAACCAUUUUUCUAUACAACUCCGGAGUGGAACAGCUAAUAUUAUCGGGCCAAAGAUCUGUUUUGAUGGCAAAACCAUCAUGAGCCAUGUGAUGAAUAACGUGGGACGCGGAUUGAACAUUGCGGUGCUAAAUGGUGAAACUGGAGCUGUAGAAAAAUUUGGCUAUCUUAAUAUGAGAGAUGGAAAUUCAAACGAAAUCCUGGCAUACCUGAAGGAGAUUAAAACUGGCAGGAUUGUUUUGGUGGCCUCCUAUGAUGAUGUGGCAGAAAAGUUGACAGACAAAAUGAGGGAGAUAUUUGUUGAAAUGGGAAGCUCUUUCAUCACCUCUGUAAGAACACGAGACAGCUGGGUGUUUGCAGGAAGAGCAGGGACAGAACAGAAAAGCCUCUUUGAGAAGCAAGCUGUUAAUGAUGCGAAAACCAACGUUUAUGAAGGAUGGCCGGAUAUGGUGGAGGUGAGCGGCUGUUUCCCAAGAACCGAAACUGUUGUGAAGAACUAAAGAUUAUAACUUGGACUAAGUUUUUGUUUUACAGCAAUGGCCUUUUAAGCCUUACCUCCUUGUCAAAAUGAUGUAAAAAACCUCUCAAACUUAAAACUUACCUUAUUGGACUUGAGAUUAACUCAAUAUUAGUAUAUCAUUGUAUUUCAUUUACCUAUUGUCAUUCUGUUUCUCCACAUUGUAAAUUUUGUCUGCUGUGGGAAAAUGUUAAAUUGUUGUCAAAGUUGUAAAUUGUAAAACCAGCAAGUUAGUUAUUGAUUUGUGUGUGUGUGUGUGUGUGUGUGUGUGUGUGUGA